AAUGAGGAACACAGUCCUACAGGAUAGUGAGGCAGGCAAGGGUCAAAACCAGAGACAGCACUCCAUAACAGACAUUUCCACAAAUCCAAAGUCCACUAUACAGGCAAAAGGUCAAACAUGCAGGUAGGCAGAAACAGGGAACCAAGACAUGGAGCACAGAGCAACAAAACAUCUGGCAGAGAUCAAUAGAAGUUGACCUAUGUAUGGUGAGUGGCUGAGAAUAAGUUGCAGUGAGUAGUGGAUGGAGUUGGCCAGACUUCGGUUGAAUAGUCAAUAAAUCUUGAUGGAAAACGUCAUGUGGUUAAGGUAAGAUGUGAAGGAGAAUGGAUACGAGAAUUUUUUUUUCAGUGUGUUCCACACUGGGGGGGGACUUAGCAAAAUGACAUUCAUUGAUAUAUUUUGUUAUGAUGAUGAUAUUUUUAACCGGAAAUGCAAUAUGCUGGAUCUUCAAAAAAUUCUCCUGUUUGGAUAUAUUUGAAUAUACAUUUACGUGUGUCUGCCAUGCUGAAACUACAGCGGUGCAUAGCUGACACAAGGAAUUGUGGGACAGCAUUAUCUUCUUUCCUUUCAUAAGGUCCGGUGUUAGAGGACAUAAGAAAGAAAGCCCUGAAGCCACUUUCUAUAGAAUUUAGAGAAUUUGACCAGCUCUUAUCGUGGCUGCCACUUAGAUACUUCCAGGGCCCAAUCCCAAACGCCACCCUAAAGCUUAAACCCUCACAGACUUAAAUGACUGCAAGUGCCUGAAAUGGUCAAAUUUGAAACAGCACUUUGCGAUAUCACGUUACCUUUACAACGCCAAAACACGUUAUGUACCAUUAUGGAUUUGGGACUUCACAGCCAAGAAACUUACUACUAAGAAACUUACCUAUUCCACGCUCUUGCUUCACCACACUUUGAACUGUAAGUUAUUCCCUGAGGCAAAGUCUGCAGAGGUGCAAACUUAUGGAAAGUGUAUAUAAAUGGCUCCAAAAGUCUGCGUGAGAGCCCUCUUGCACUUAAUGAUUUGACAGUGGGACAGUCCUAAGACCUGGCAGACGUACGAGGAACGCACCUCAAAAUCCAUGAGGGUGUGGAUAUUGGGAUGGGGCCCAGGUCAUUUCACUCAAUUAGGAACCUUCAUAAUUAAAAAAGACUGUUCGACCGCAGCCUGCAGGACUGUUGAGACUAAUGAGAGAAGUAGGAACAGGUGUGUUGAUGGGUGGGGCAGUCAGGUGAUGGGAAAAGUCCAAGGCCUGGGAAAAGUGAGCAAGGCUAGAUUAGAGACCAGGACAGAAUGUGGCUGAAGAGAGGGACUGAUGAGCAAACUGUGACAACGGCAGGUUUUGCUCUACCAGUGUGUUUUUCUUAAUCUCUCACCUUAUCAGACAGCCGAACUAGGAAGAUAAUUAAAGAAUGGUAAAGUCCAUAUACAGUAUUUAACCCUGACCCAGGGCCUAUGCAACGUGGAACACCGAUACCAUAAAGCACAGCUAUGAGGAUUAACUCUCUUUCUUUAGAGAUAAGAUAAGAGAUAAGACCAUGCAGGUUGAUUCACUCAAGCAAAGAUGUGAGAUAGAAUUUAACCUUUGUUUUGUUUAUGUUUCUGACUCUAUGACACUGCAUUAAUGUUCUUUUACUAAAAUAUAUUUUGUUUUGAAAAAUUCUUUGGUUGUUAGUCAAGAUAAAUAAGCAAAAUGUAUGCCCAGAGGACCUGGCCAUGAUUUAAAGGCUAUUUUAGUUGGUUUUGCAUCUUUUUGAGUUUGUUUGUGGACAUUUUGUGUCUCUUUGUUGAUGCUCACAAGUCUUUGAAUUAGAACUAGAGUCCAAGUCAAGUCUCAAGUCUCUGAUGAUUAUAAUGAAUGUUGUAUAACCUGCUGCGUUCAAUCCAGGCUGCUUAACACUGCAUAGCUAUAAGGAAUUCUGUAACUGUAACCUGAUUUUCACUUCCAGAGCACAACCAUGUGCAAUGCAAUUAAUUAACUACUAUAAGUCAACACCCACCCCAGACUCUCAAACCCAGUGUAACGUUAACUAAAUAAAACUGUAGUGUUACAUGAUCAACAAUAAACCUGUAACCUGUUUGAAGCCAACGUUAACAAUUAACAUGAUAAACAGCCUGCGGGACGUAAAAUAGCAAGUAAACAAAUGCUCAUUCAUCUUUUCAAUAAAAACGAGCGACAGUCAGAGUUAACCUCUUGUAGGUUGUAGCUAAAGCAAGAAGGAAGCUAAUGUUAGAUGGCCAAUGCUGAGCUAAAGAUGUUUGUUUAACCUAUUUUGCAUUUGGUGCUUCUUUUGAGUCUACGUAAGCAGGUCAUAGGUAACGCAGGGAGGGGAAUAACAUCUAGCUCAAAAAUUUGACUGCUUUUGCGGCGUCUCUAGGAGAGUCGCGGUGUGAGCCGCUAUGUUGGUUUGUUGUUUUGCCCUCCAGGUCACCGCGCAUGUCACGUGACUGAAAACUAUGAAUUGCAUAAUGUGAUAAUGGUAACAGAUCACCUUUUGGUUUUAUAUUCGUGUUUUGAGAGGAGUAAUAGACCUGUACACGUGAUAGGGCAAUGAAAUCAAGGGUGUGCUUGUUUGUUUGGGGAGUUUCAACUACAGGUGACCUCUGCAUGUGUGCAUGCUGCUCAUGUGCCUACCACGUGAACGUGCCUGCAUGCUAGUGGAGAAAAGUAUGGAGUAGGCUACAUGUAAUCCCUAUGUUAUCCCAAACAUAGGACAACUGUGUUGCCUGUUGUUGAAAAUGAAAACAAGUUCCCGCCCACUAGGCUGGAGUCAUACAUUUAGCACAGUAGAGCAACAGAUGUAACCCAUUAUCAGACAGCCUUUAUCAAAGAAACCAUUAGCCUAAUCAUUUUAUGUUAUGAUCUGAUAUGGACCUAGGUGAAGCUAAUGUUGCUACUCUAUUUGACAUUGAGUGAGCACAAGCUGUAGCCGACUGGUCUCAGUUUUUGAUAGGGUUAUGAUUAUGUUAUUAUCAUUGACAUUAAUUUAAAUUAAUUAUCAUUUAUCAUUGUCAUCUUGGGGAUGAUGAUCCCUUCGCCUGAGUGUCCCUGUUUGCUUGCACGCUGUCAUGCUCUUGGGUUUUUGUGUGGUAUUUUCUGUUAUUUUGAUAAUGUCCGUUCCUGUUUUACUCUUUGCCUCUGUGUUCUUGUUUAUGUUUGGUUAGUUGAUCAUUGCCUACUUAUUCUCUGUUGUAUUUGGUUUCACAUGUCCUCGUGUAUAAUCACUAGCUUAACGUCCAGUUUUAUUUUGUAAUGAUCCGUUUCAUGUGUUUUUGUCUAGAUUUGUUUCCUGUCUGCUUGAUUGCUUAUGUGUCUCACCUGUGUUAAUUGGCCUGCCUGCUUGUGUGUAUAUAUUGCCCUCAGUUCUGUUUAGUCCUCGUGGUGUCGUAUGUGAAGUGUUCUGCUGUGUACUUCCAUGGAUUUUUGGAUUAUUCCCUUGCGUUGGAUUCCCUUGCCUUUUGUAGGAUUUAACUCGUGUCUGGACCUUGUACUCAGCCCUUGUUGGAAUUACCCUUUUGUUUAGACUCUUGCCUUGAGAGAAGUAGUAAUCCUGUUUUAUUUGAACUGCAACCUCCUCGUCAGUGUCUGCAACUUUGGUCCACACCUCUGUUCCUCUGCUACCACUACACUCUCCUCCUGCUCACUCUGUUCCUCUCUUCCUGUAACACGCCUGCUCUUCACACGGCCAGCCACCUCUCCUCCUUCCACCGGGUGCUGCUCUGAGGCAGAGCCACAGGCAUUGGAUUUAAGGAUAGAAGGGGGAGAGUUGGGCUGGCCCAGAUAUGUAAUUGGGCCCUUUUUUCACAUCUCUUCACAGAACAAUGUGACCAGUAGCUCAUCUGUUGGAUCAGACAUGGUUCAGCCUUUGUUCCCCAUGUACAUCAGUUAGCCUUGGCCGGCCAUGACCUUGUUGCCGGUUCAACGCUUUUCCUUCCUUGGACCACUUUGAUAGAUACUAACCACUUUAGACCAUUUUGGAGACGCUCCUGUCUGUCUAGCCAUCAAUUUGGCCCUUGACAAUGUUGCUCAAAUCCUUAUGCUUGCCAAUUUUUUCCCCCUGCUUCUUACAUACCAACUAUGAGGACACAAUGUUCACUACCUGCCAAAUAUAUGCCACCCACUGACAGCUACCAUGGUAACAAGAUAGUCAGUUAUUCACUCACACACCUGUCAGUGGUGAUAAUGUUAAGGCUGAUUGGUGUAUUUUAGGAUUUUAUAUUUGAGUAGUGCUGAAGACAUACUUGAAAAAUGUGGACACAUCCUCUGUGUUCAUAACUGUUUUGGCUAUAGGUAUUUGGUAUUACUGAAAUAUUUAGCAUGUAAGUCUACCGGUUAAUCUAUUGCAUUUAAAUUUUUACGAUUUUCAAUUUUCAUUCCUGAAAAAGCAAUAUACUUUUACAAGUUUUAGUAGAACAAAAUGUCCAGGACAGCUCUGCACUCUGACAACUACUCCACUUAUUACAUAAUUAAAAGUAGUUUUUAACAUGUUACAUAACAGAUGUGAGUCAGUGUUUUUCACCUCUUUUUUAUUUAUUUAUUUUUUUGAGCUCAGGUGCUUUUUGGGAACCUGGUCCAUAGAACUGCAGCAGGCAUCUGUUGGUUUAAAAAAAAAAAUACUUUCAACAUUCAAUCUUCUACUGUAGUUAGAGUGAAAAUGGUUAAAUAGAGAGACUGUCUCAACAGUAUAAUACCCAAUUAAAAUACACAGGAAUCAGCAAAUGAAUAAAUAUUUUCAUUUCCUUACAAGUUCAACCCAAUUUAAAUACAGUACAUUUUCACUUUUUCCUUUGCAAUGCCCAGAUGCACAAUCUGUCUACUGUUACGUACUCUGUUAAAUGUGUGUGUUUGUCUUUGGCUCUUUAUCCUCUUGAUAUUAAUCUCAUUAAUCCCUUCCCCUGUGGAGUCUUUUGACAUUGUCUGUCAGGUUUUUGAUGCAUUAAAGCUAAAAGCUUAGAAUGUGACAACGUUAAUGGAUGGUGUUUUACCAGGAAUACCGAACUAGACACAGUGUCCUGAUUAUGUUCAGGAUGACCUCAGGGUCAUCCAUUAGUCACCCAAACACUGGAGUUAAGAGAGGAAGGGCGGAAAGGAUAAAUGGACAAAUCAUCCAGGAGAGUUUGUCUUUCACUUCACUUCAAGUGUUGUAGGUAUGAUGACACAACUGAUUGCUGUUACUGCACAUCACAAUUUCUGAAAAAUAAAUUCAGAGACAACAGGAGGAUUUGGAAUCACCAAUUUAAGGUGAGUUACAGAACCUUUACGAGUAUAGCAAACAUUUUGUCAUGAAUGAUGCUAUAUAAAGGCUUGAGACAAAAUGAGAUGUAUAGAUAUCUCAUUUUGAGCAAUUGUAAGUCACUUUGGAUUAAAGCAUCAGCUAAAUGAAUGAAUGUAAAUGGAACAAUCUGAAAUAGCAUUUGACAUCAUCUGAAAGUUGUUAUGGUUAGUGUUAGACAUUUUUUUUAUCAGUGACAGAACAACAUUAGCAUUCAUUUGGAGUCGUGUUUAUGGGCAUCUGAUGAAUGUAAUGUUCACAAUUCAAUUUGUGAGAAAUAUCUGGCUCUUCAGCUGCUAAAAACUGCACCAUGUACACUAGCUAGUCACUAACUUUGUCUGUCUGCAGUUUGGUGUUACAAGUAGUGGACAGUGGGUAUAUCAUAGCCUGUCUGUAUUGCAUUGCCUGCUGGCCAAGAAAAUCUAAGCUAAAAGAUUAUAAAACACUUCAUAAAGCUGAGGUGAAACAGCAGAGCUGGGUGACUAUUCUUAUAGAUAAACGUCACACAGGUGCAUCUCAAAAUGUCUUUACAGGUCUUUUAAGUUUAUUAGCUGAUUAGAGCUAUUUUCAGGUAAUUUUUAAUGGAAGAAAAUUAACUUAUGAUAUUCACAUUUUUUUUAGAUGCACCUGUAGUUAUUGGUCCUAAAAAGUGCAUUUGCAUUAGUAUGCACAAUUGUGUAAUGCAGAAAUAUAUCAUAAGAUACUCCUCUAGAACAUUGUGCAUAUAAUAAUCCAUAAUUUCAGGUUUUUCUUCACAUCUCCAAAUGGAAACAAUACUGUAACUACAGUACAGUUCUGUCAAAUACCAGUCUACCACCAUGGCCAUCAUCAGUGCUGGAUUUGAUGAUCAGUCCUUUAGUAGUGAAGACAGUUACAGCCAUGUCUUCACAGAUUCAGAGACCACAGUCAAAGGAUUGUACUUUCAGCGUGCACAGCUGCUCCGUGGGUCAGAAGCAUUGCGCUGGUACUGCGAUCCCACAGAGCAGGCCCUUGUAAACGUCGGGGGCAUCCGGUACGCCUUUCCCUGGAGCACCCUUGAGGAUGUCCCCCAGAGCCGCCUGAGCCGUCUGCGCUUCUGCACCACCCUGAGGGAGAUAGCAGAGUUUUGUGAUGACUAUGACGAAAUGCGACAUGAAUUCUUCUUUGACCGUGACCCUUUAGCCUUUCGGGCCAUCCUCAACCUCCUGGCGAAGGGGAAGUUGCGUCUGCAGCAGGAGGUCUGCAACGUGGCCCUUCACAAUGAGCUGCUCUACUGGGGCAUUAAUGUAGGACAGAUGGAGCCCUGCUGUCGCCACCGCAUGAUGUCCUCUCUGGAGCAAGUGACCGAGCACCAGCGCAAGGAAAACGAGUGGCGGGAGAGAAGGAGGGCACUGAGAGCUCCUGUGGCAGAGGGCAGCCUGUUCCACAUGCUGGGAGAAGCAGUGGAGAACCCUCAUUCGGGUUUAGCGGGGAAAGUGUUUGCCUUCAUGUCUGUCAUCAUGGUGGUGGUUACUGUGGUCAGCCUGUGCAUUAGCACCAUGUCAGACGAACAAGAGGAAGGAGCCACGGGUAAAUGCUCCCAAAAGUGCCGCGACAUGUUUAUGGUGGAGUCUUUUUGUGUUGCUUGGUUCUCCCUAGAGUUUCUGGUGCGAUUUUUCCACGCACAGAGCAAGCUGGAGUUUGUCCGUUGCCCUCUGAACAUCAUUGAUGCUGCUGCCAUCUUGCCCUACUAUGUAUCCCUGUUUCUGGAGCUCAGAGAUGAGUCUGUGCAGGACAUUGUGGCCGGUGCAGGAAAGAGCACAAUGGAUAAACUGGGGCUAAUCCUGCGUAUGAUGAGGGCCCUGCGUAUACUGUAUGUGAUGAGGCUGGCCCGGCACUCUCUGGGUCUGCAGACUUUGGGGCUGACUAUCCACCGGAGUAUGACGGACUUCAGCUUGCUGCUGCUCUUUGUGUGUAUCUCGGUGACUCUAUUCUCCCCACUAGUGCAUCUCGCUGAGAGUGAGCUGGCUCCAAACAGUGCCAAAUCCCCCCAGCUCAGCUUCAGCAGCAUCCCAGCGUCAUACUGGUGGUCCAUCAUUUCGGUGACCACGGUGGGGUACGGUGACAUGGUGCCCCACAGCAUCCCUGGCCAAUUUGUGGCACUGAUCAGCAUCUUAUCAGGGAUCCUCAUUUUGUCUUUCCCUUCCACAUCUAUCUUCCACACGUUCCAGUGCACCUACAACGAGCUCAAGGAGGAGCACAAGAGGCUGUGGAAGGAGGAGAGGGGGGCUGAGCUCGCCACUGAGGCUGAGGAAAGCAUGAAAGAAAGAGAAACUUGGCCUGAUGACUGGCCAGAAACUGAUCUUUUACCUGGUCUAGAUGAUCCUUAUUACCUUUUUGUGAAAGACAUUACAGUGCUGGCUCGGAGCAAGAGUCAUCAACCUCUUCUUUCUCCAGUGACCUGUUGAGUCCACAGAGAUACACUAUAAAGUAUGGCCAAGAUAUGUGGACAUCCAUUCCCAACAUCGGAUGAAAGUGUAAGAAAAUUCCUGCAGCCAAGUUCCAAAAUACUGUAGAAAGUCUUCCCGGAAGGGUUGAGGCAGUCAUAGCAACAUGAGAGGUUGUGGAUAUUAAUUAUUUAGCUUUUCAAAUUAAAUGUUGUAAUGUGGGUGUUAAAGUAGAUUAUUCGAUUGUGAGCAUGUUAGUUUAUUCAGCUGAUAUAAUCUUACUAGUUGAGCGUAAAAGAGUUGUUGUUAAUGUUGUGGCUGACUGGUGGCAAACCAGGACAAAGCACUAAUAUCAAUAUUCCAUUAUAGUGGCAAGAGCCUUUGUCUUUUAAGGAUAUUAGUGUUUAGUGGAUUUAGAGGAUAAUUCAUUACAGAGUCAGACAUAGAUGUGAGAUGAUUCAACUUUGACUUGUGAAAUUUCCUGAUCACUCAGACUUUUAACGGAGACAUUUGUUAUGGACAUCCCUGGGCUAGAGAGAUGAAAUCUAUUAAAGAUGUUUUUUGAUUUGUUUUUU